AUGGCUCUGCUGGCCCUGCUCGUCCUGCUGGCCCUGGCCGGGCCCGUGGGGGGCACGUGGGACACCUGCAGAGGGACCUGCGGGCUCCGGCCCAUGGCCUUCGACCACAGCUCCGUGGUUCCCGACUGCGAUUCAGAGGAUGAGGACACGACUUUGGGCUCUUCCGACGGCCUUUCCCUCCUCGUGGACGGCCCCGGUGUCCCCUCGGGGACCUGGCCCGGCAUCGUCAGCAUCCAGGCCAACCUGGAGAACGGCACGUGGCACAUGUGCUCCGGGGCCCUCAUCCACCCCCAGUGGGUGCUCACGGUCGCCCGCUGCUUCAUCGAGGCUGAGGACACCUCCAGGUGGGAAGUGGCCAUCGGGGCCACAGAUCUGGCCAAGCCGGGCCCUGAGUACAAGCUGCGCCGCAUCCUGAGGGUCCUGAUGCACCAGAACUACGACGCCGACUCGGAGUGCAACAACAUCGCCCUGCUGCAGCUGGACCAGCCCGUGGAGUGCAGCGACUACAUCCAGCUGGGCUGCGUGCCCGACAGCUCCCUGGCAGUGGCCGAGCUCAGAACCUGCUUCAUCGCGGGCUGGAGAGCCAGCCCGGGCCGCGCUCCGACCACGGGCGUGGUGCUGCAGGAGGCCAAGGUGCGGCUCAUCGACGUCCAGCUGUGCAACAGCAGCCGCUGGUACGGGGGGGCCGUGCACCCCCAGGACCUGUGCGCGGGGUACCCGCGGGGCGGCAUCGACACCUGCCAGGGGGACAUCGGGGGCCCCCUGGUCUGCAAGGACAACGUUGGUGACUUCUUCUGGCUGGUGGGACUGGCCAGCUGGGGCCGAGGCUGCUCCGGUGACAAACGGCCCGGGGUGUUCACGUCCACCCAGCACUUCCACACCUGGAUCCAGGUCCAGAUCGGAUUGGUUCCUCCAAUUACGGCGGCUCCACCUCCAAAGCCAAAGCCAACGAUCCACACCUUUGAACCAGAACCAGUGCCAGAAUCGGACACGUUUAUAACAAUUUCAUUCCCAAAAAACAUCCUGCUGAGGUUCUUCAAGAACCUUCAGGAGUUCCUGGAGUUCCUGAGGGACAAAAUGGAUUGA